UUAGUAAAUAUCGUUUAAAAUUUUAGGCAUAGCAUAGAAAAGGUGAAUAUUUAGGUACAUAUAAAAAAUAUUGGGUCACAUAAACCAACACAAGAUGCGCGAGUUUAAACCUAUUCUUGGUCUUGAUGAAAUCAAUAAAAGUCGCUUAAUCAACAUUAAUGUAAUGACAACUGAUGGGAAAGAAACAAUAAUAACUGUAUCACCAACUGAACAAGUCAAAGCUAUCAAAGAAAAAUUGCUGGGUGAAGCUGGAGCUAAAGAUCUACCAAGUUACAAAGUUGUUCUGAUGUCGCCAAGAAGAGUAUUAGAAGAUGGCCGAACAGUGGAGCAAGAGGGUAUUGUGGAAGAUGAUCAUUUUAUAGUUUGUUUGAAACGAAGAAACCUCGGAAACCCAUUUAGAAAGUCGGCAUCAUUUAUAAAUAAAGGACCUGAUCUACAGUUAAUAAAGAAAUGUACUGAAUAUCUAGGUGAAGAGAAGGGCACUGCGGCUACGAACCCUGGACUGGGAUAUGCGGGCAUGUUCGAUUUCUUCGGUGAAUUAAAACGUAUCUUAGUGUCAUUGACAGAAGUAGCUAGUCUGGUGCAACACGUCAAUAGUGAGGAGGGACAGGAUUCUGACAUGGAAACAGACGAAUCUGAAGUUCACAUUGAUCCACUAUGUCUUCAAAAGUUAACCGACAUGGGUUUUUCCGAAAGUCGUGGACGCAAAGCUUUAAUAAUAAAUCGCAUGUGUCCUGUACAAUCAAUGGAGUGGUUGUUGCAGCACGAAAAUGACGACGACAUUGAUACGUCCUUGACGCCGGAAGAAAUUGCGACUUUUUUGCCGGACAGACGUCGUAAACGAAAAAGAGUGUCAGGAAGGAAAAGAGAUUUCGUUGCUAAUCCCGUAGCAGUGUCAAAGCUGAAAGAAAUGGGCUUCAAACAUGAGGAGGUGUUAGAGGCUUUGAAGUUUUCUGCGAAUAAUGAAGCGCGAGCAUUGGACUGGUUACUAGGCGACCGACAGGUAGUAAGCGAGCAAGGCUUAGACGCAAAUUCGCCGUUAUAUACCGCCAUCAUGGACCAUCCCAUAGUGCAAUUAGGAAUGACCAAUCCCAGAAUUCUUCACGCGUUUGAAGAUAUGCUAGAAAAUCCAGGCAACAGUGGACAAUAUAUAAAUGAUCCGGAAAUCGGUCCCGUCCUGUUGCAGAUAUCUCGCAUUGUCCAGUCGUUUUCUCGUUAAUGUUUUUUUAUAUAUCCCUUUUUAUUGCGAUAUGAACUACGUUGUGCUUGGUUGUUGUUGUUGUUGUGGUUGUUGUUGUUGUUGUUGUUGUUUAGUCAAAUAUGUGUAAACAAAUAUAUAUACAGCAAUCUAAUUAA